GCUUCCGCGCUCGUGGGCUGGUGCUGCGCAGCAACUUAUCGGCAGAAUUAUCAAGUCUGGAUCCGGUGCACGCGUGUGCGCGUGCGCGCGCGGCAUUGUGCGCGCAGGUGAAGAGUACUUCCUGAGGGUCGCGCACUGCGGCCGCGGAGAGCGUGACGGAUCGGCGCAUUCGGCCGGAACAACUCACUUUUUUCCGUCAUUAUCAAUGACGCGGGGGGCACGCGCGUCGGCCGCCGGCGCAGCGGCUCGCGGGCUCGACCGCAGCCGCAGCGAGCGCAAGCCGGGCCUAGCCGGCGCCGCGCCACAGUCGACCUAGCGGAGCCGCCGAAAAAUGAGGGCGCCGGGCUGCCUCCUGCUGAUCGGCCUGGCCGGCCACCUGCUGCACGCCCGCCCGGCCCUCAGGAUCGGCCCCCAGCACCGGUGGCUGGGCGCGAGCGCCGAGGGCCCCGACGAGCCGGCGGAGGGCCGCGCCGGCGCGCGGCGGCCCGCGCAGCCCGAGGCUCUGCCGAGCCCCGACGCCGUGGACUCGGCCCAGCAGCAGCGGCUGCGGCUGCCCCCGGUCGUGCUCACGGCCAGCGCCGACGAAGUCUUCUGCGACUUCGGCCCGCUGCCCGCGCAGUCGCUGUGCGAGUGGCAGGACGGCUGCGGCGCCCUGCGCUGGACCGCCGGCACCGGGCUGGCCGCCAACUGGCUGGGCGGUCCGCCGACCGACGCGACCACCGGCUCCGCGGAGGGAGGGUACGCCUUCCUGGAGUGCUCGCGACCGGCGGCAGCCGCGGCGGCCCAGGGCGCCGAGGCGGGCGUGGGUCCCGGCGGCCUGCUGCACAGCCCGCAGCUGGGCAGCACGGGCGCGCUCGGCAGCUGCCUCAGCUUCAAGUACGCGAUCGACGGGCUGAGUCCGGCGGCGCUGCGCGUGCUGCUGCACGCCGGCUUCGACGAGUUCAGCUCGACGGCCGGCCGACUCAACGACUCGGUCGUGCGCCCGAUCAGCGCGUCCUGCGACGGACCGCCGGCCGCGCGGUCGCUGCGCGACGAGCAGACGCUCUGGCACGCGCAUUACCUGGCCCCGGGUAGCUGGCAGCAGGCUCAGUUGCUCUACACCUACCCGGAGCCGCACACGGUGGGUGAGCCAGCCAGCCGGGCGCGCGCGCGCGCGCCGCCGAAGCCCGCCUCACCUAGGUCGCGCUGUGCCUUGCAGCUGAUCAUCGAGGGCGUGCCGGUGGAGGCGGCCGAUCCGUCGAGCGCCUACCGCGGCUACAUCGCCGUGGACGACGUGGACCUGCAGCCGGGCAGCUCCUGCGUGGGCUUCUGCAACUUCGCCGCGGGCCUCUGCGACUGGACCAACGACCCGGACGACGACUUCGACUGGUCGAUCGCGCGGGGCAGCAGCAGGCCGACGACUGGACCGGUGGCGGACCGGGACGCGGCGGCGGCGGCGCGCCGGGCCGGUGGCUACGCCUUCGCGGACUCGGGCCACCCGCGGCGGCCGGGCGACGCGGCGCGGCUGCUCAGCGUGGGCAUGCCGGCGAGCGCGCCCGACGCGCCCGCCUGCCUGCGCUUCAGCUUCCACAUGUUCGGCGCGGGCGUGGGCGAACUGCGGCUGUCGCUGCGCCAGGCGCGUAACCUGGAGGCGCGGCCGCGCGAGCUCUGGCGGCUGCGCGGCAACGCCGGCAACUCCUGGUUCGACGCGCGCGUCACCGUCAGCUCGCUCGACGACUUCCAGCUGGUGUUCGAGGCCAGCGUGGGCAACACCGGCAUGGGCGAUAUCGCCAUCGACGACCUGGCCUUCAGCCCCGGAGCCUGCCCAACCUCGCCGCAGGCGGCCGCGCCGCCGCGCGCGCCCCGAGACUGUAGCUUCGAGAUCGACGACUGCGAGUGGCUGAACAGCCGCGAGGCCGGGGCGCCGGCGCCAGGCGGCGCGUCCGGGCCCGCGGCGCCGGCGCGCGCCACCUGGGAGCGCGUCUCCCAGCAGAGCCUGGGCCCGCGCGGCCAGCGCCGGCCCUACAGCCUGCCGGCCGCGCGGCCGCGCCAGGAGUUCGCGAUGGCGCUGCAGGCGCGCGGCCAGGCGGCCGCGGCCUCGGGCUCGGCCUACCUGCUGGGCAGCCUGGUGCGGCCCGCCGACGACGAGCCGCUCUGCUUGGGCUUCUGGUACCUCAUGUCCGAGUCGUUCAUCGACGCCGCCGGGCCGAGCCUGGGCGUGCUGCGGGUCCUCGUGCAGCCGGUCGGUGAGGGUGUCGACGCGGCGCGGCCCAUCUGGCAGCUGUACAACGACCAGGGCCCCGGCUGGAACUACGGCCAGGCGGCCAUCGCCGAGCGCCGCGACUUCCACGUGCUGUUCGAGGGCACCUGGGGCCCCAACCGGGCCAGCGGUGACUUGGCCAUCGACGACAUCGCCUUCUACGCGGGCAACUGCUCUGUGAAACCCAGGAGCGCCGCGGUGCGCGCCGAGGACUGCAGCUUCGAGAAGGGCCUGUGCGGCUGGGAGAACGUGACGAGCGGUGCGGUAAGCGACCCUAGGGUGCAGUGGCAGCGCGCCUACCCCAACCACCGGCCGGCCCAGCUGCUCGACAAGACCUUCGGUUCCUCCGGGGACUUCGUCUUCUUCGACGUCUUCUCGCCCAGCCAGAAGCGCCACGUGAGGCUGCGCUCGCCCCUGCUCAACGUCUCGCCGGACGAGGAGGCCACCUGCUUCAGCUUCUGGUUCGCGGCCUUCGGCGUCGAGGAGGCCACCAGCCUCAGCGUUCUCAAGCUCUCGUCCAGCCCAGACAACGCCUCGCCGGAAGCCUCCGCGGAGGACGACGACUCCGAGCGCCAGGUGCUGUGGUCGCUCACGGCCAAGGGAUUCAACAACCCACGGCCUGCUUGGACUUGGGCGCAGAUGACCGUUGAGAGCCGCUCGCCUUAUCACCUCGUUUUGGAGGGCACCGCCAGUAACGGGGGCUUCGCCAUUGACGACGUCAGAUUCCAAGCUCAAGCUUGCCCCACUCGGCCAGCAACCGCGAGUCCGUCCAUGUCGUCGCAGGAGUUGUGACUUUCAUCCCACUAUCGCUGACGUGAUUUUUACGUAAUAGCCCAAGUGUCGACUGGACACUCUAAGAUCG